CUGUGGGCUUUGAUCUUUAAUGUCUGUCAAUCCAAAAGAUUGGCAUAAACUCACCAUGCUCGACUCAGAUCAAUCCUGGCCUCUAUGGGGCAAUGACUCCCUCGACGGAGCCUUCGAUCUCGAUACCCCCGGCGACAACGCCGUCGUUACCAAAGUAAACCGCCCUUUCUUAUUUGGCUACCGACCCCCAAAAUCAAACGGUCGCGGCAUUCUCAUUCUCGGAGGCGGAGGAUAUGUUGAACUCAUGGUUGGCCGCGAAGGCGUCGCCGUCGCAAAAUGGCUCAACAGUCUUGGCUUCUACGCAUUCGUCCUGGUGCAUCGCUUCCCGAACAGCGAAACAGGUGCUCAAGCGCCGUUAGAUGAUGGAAGAAGAGCUCUGAAGAUCAUGGCUGAGAGUGGAUUUGCGCCAAAGGGUAUUAGCAUUUGCGGUCUCUCAUCUGGUGGUCAUCUUGGCGCUGCGCUUCUGGCGGAGUAUCCUCAAGUCUGGACAUCACCAGAUCCAGAAAUGCCUCAGGUCGAGUUCGCUGUAUUGGGUUAUGGACCUAUUUCGACGAAUGCAGCUGGCCGCGCAAUUAUUGAGAACAAACCUCCUCUUCCACCAAAAGAAAAGCAAGAGCUGUAUGAUAUUGUACAACCAGAUGUUCAGCUUCGAUCUCCUGCGCCGCCAGUAUUCAUCGUUUACUCUAACAACGAUCCAGUGGUACCCGUUGUCAAUGCAUAUCGCUUAGCAGAGGGCAUUACGAAGGGUGGAGCACCGGUGGAGUUGCAUAUCUUCGCUGAUGCGCCUCACGGAUUUGCGUUGGAUAGCCCGAAGGAGUUGCCUGUAUCAAAGUGGCCAGUUAUGUGCGAAGCAUGGCUGAAGCAGAACAAAUGGAUAGAAUGAGUGUCAAAAUUCUCAGAGUGUAGAACUAGCAUUAGAGUUCAUGGUAUCAACACCAAGCGCCAAGUAAGCAAGGAUAUCUUUCAAAACAAUUUCUUCACCUUCUC